AUUGUUUUGGAUUUAAGUAAUAAUUACGGUGGCGACGUUUAUCUUGCACAUCAAAUAAAUAACAUUCUAUUUCCUGACAUUCAAAACUUUCCAGCAGAUCUGAAAGUCAACAAUAUUUCUAUACAAUUCAUAGAAGGAUUUUCAAUGAUUAAUUCAUUAUUUAAUGAAAAAAAUGCAUUUUUACAACAUUAUAAGACAUAUAUUUCUACAAGAACAAAUACUUCAUUCAAUAGCAUUGAAGACUUUAUUGGAAAUAAUUUAUAUACUCGUGGAGGUACUCAGCUUAAAUAUACUUCAAAAGCAUUUUUUAAUGAUACAAUAUUGUAUGGUGGAAUUUUAGAAUUUCCAAAACCUCCAAAAUUUCCUUGGACAGAGAAAGAUAUUAUAAUUUUGACAAAUGGAUUGUGUUUUUCGUCGUGUGCACUUAUAACUCAACGAUUAGCUGAAAAUAAUGUUCCUACUAUAGUUGUCGGUGGAUUUCCAAACAAACGAUUUUCUUUUGCAUCAAUGUCUGGCGGGUAUAAAGUAACUACGGAUUAUUUCGAAAAUUAUUUUAGUAUACUUAAAAAUCUCGACAGCUCUUUAGUCUCAAGCUUGACUCUUCCUGAAACUUUAACUUUAAGCUUUACCAUAGCUGAAGUUUAUAGUGUUAACCAUCCAAAUGAAGUAAUGGAUUUUUCUUUUAGACCUGCGGAUUAUCAGUUAUAUUACGACGAACGGAGUGCUAGAGAUCCAAGUCAAUUAUGGAUGCAAGCUGCAAAAUUUAUUAAAGGUUAG